AUGGGGGUUGAGCCUGUCGGUCAGGGACAGAUUCUUUAUGGUGCUGCGGGCGUGUCGGGCUCCCAGACCCUGAUGGCUUCUUUAGAGGUACCAACCUCGGUCGUACUUGCCGUACCCACUCCUGCCAUAUUUAUGGUACCACCAAUGGUACAACUGGCACCUACUCUGGUCGUGCCCACUGCGUACCCGACACCCCUGCCACUAGUGCCUACGGCAUACCCGACACCACCACCACCAGUACCUACGGCGUACCAGGCACCACCGCCACUGGUGCCUACUGCUCACCCGACACCCGCAGCAGCAAUAGCAGUUGCUCCACAUCCGGUACCACCACUUACCGCACCUCCAGCCACACCCACUUAUGUUGACCCUGCAGUGCCACCAGCGACACCUGCCCCUGUUUAUGCAGCAACACCGGGGAUACCUCCCCCGACCUAUCCAGCGGUACCACCUGUAGUACUAGCUCUAGUGAUUCCGCUAGUUCCCGCAGCGGUCCCUACUCACCUUACUGAUAUAGUUGCGGCACGAGCACAGAUCCCCUCUUUGGCAGAAUCGAUGAAAAGUUGA